AUUUCAUUAUUUCACAUAAUGUCUCCGAAAAGACAUCAUUUAUUAUGCAAUAUUUGUGGAGACAAAUCAAUUGGUCGAAGUUUUGGUGCCAUUACUUGUGAGUCGUGUAAAGUAUUCUUUAGAAGAAAUGUCCUUAAAUUUAAGGAAUUUGAGUGCAUUCAUGGAGACUAUUGUAAUAUUACUGUCAAAUCGCGUAGAAAAUGUAAAAAAUGCCGAUUUUAUAAAUGCAUUCAAAUGGGAAUGAAAACUCAAUUAGUACAAUCAAAAAGUUCAGAAAAUAAUACAAUUGAUGAUUAUGAAAGUGUUUUAUCAAAUGAAUCAUUAGUUAAUUAUGAUUUUAACCAAAGUUAUGACAAUAAUAAAGUAAUUUCAAGACAUGAGUUCAUGUUUGAUCCGGUCUUCAAACAACUGACUGAUUAUCAGACAUUCAAUGAAUUAGAGUCAAUACGUUUAAGUGAAUUACAAAAUGCUUUGCAAGUCUUUACAUAUAUGUCUCUCUAUACACAUAAUAACAUAGAAGUGACAAAUAUCUAUAAAUUAUAUGAAUAUUUUUGCCGCAAACUUGAAAAAGAUACGCAAAAUGUCGUAUCUUUUGCUAACAAUUUAGAGUCAUUCAAUAAAAACUGUUUUAACGAUCGGUUGGCUUUAAUUAAGUUUGGAUUCCUUGAAAUACUGAUUCUUCGUUAUGCUAUACGAUAUAACACUGAAACAAAUGUCUGGACAGGAAAUUUGGAUAACGACGACUCAUUUGUUCACAGUUUAGAAGUUUUGAAAUAUGAAGAGCGAAAUAUGUAUAACAUUUAUAAAGAUUAUUAUCACAAACUAAUACCAGAAUCACAAUGCGAUUCUCUGAUUAUGGAUUUGUUAUCAGCAAUAUUGUUAUUAAAUCCAAAACGUCCAUAUUUAAUUCACCGAGAUGUUAUUAAAUCAGAGCAACAAUUAUAUAUAUAUCUAUUGCAACGCUAUCUACUAAAUAGGUAUCCAUCGGAAAGUGAAUCCCAAAUCAAACUCCAGAAUUUGAUGAAUACAUUGAUAGACAUUCAGGUGUUGAAUGAGAUAGAGAAGAGAAAUGGUAUCGAAAGAUAUCUUCAAUAUUUUGGUCCCAUUUCUAAGGAAAUGCUAUUUAAUUAA